AUGAGGUCAAGGUUUCAUCAGUUGAAGAAAGUGAAAAUCCGUCAAACAUGGAAUAAAAUCAAUCUAUACAAUCUGUCAAGAUACAAGCCCAGGCCGGAGGGUAACACUUUCUUUCAACAAAAAUGGAAAGCAAAGUCGUUGAGUCGAGCAUAUCACGGAGAACAAAUUCGAGAAGGCCAAUGGACAAGAAUGUUUAGACCGAGAGCGAAAGCUGUUAUCCCUAUGGAUUAUAAAUAUUUAGCUGAACAUGAUGGUUCUGAAUUGGCUGCUGGACGAGGAUCUGGAUUAGAGAUACUAAAAGGUGCCGGGAGUGCCGCACAAUUCAACAGGAAUCAAAUACCUUAUAUGUCUAUGGUUUACGCACCUAUUGAAAGACGAUUGGAUACGGCCAUCUUCAGAGCGUUAUUUGCAAGUAGUACGAGACAAGCAAGACAAUUUGUCGUGCAUGGAAAGGUUAAGGUUAACGGGAAGAAGAUGCCAUAUCCAGGAUACCUUCUAAACCCAGGAGAUAUGUUUCAAGUAGACAUUGAUAGAGUACUUUUCGCAACUGGUGCUCCAAAAACCGCAGACCAAAUCAAAAGUGGCCGAGGUCUCAGAAGGUCCCUCCGCGCAAUGAAUGAUCAAAAGGCCAAAAAUGCCGCCGCCAAAAAAGAAAAAGAAGCUGCCGCCGCCGCCGCAAGAGAGGAAGGAGGAGAAACCACAACUCCUAAAGAAACGCCUGAAUCCAAAGAAAAGGACGAAAAGGACAGACUCCGUAUGGAAUUUCGAACUCUUCAGGAACACGCCGAUAUUCUCCUAACCGACAGCCAAAAUUCUCCGUCCGGCAAACGCAAGAUCGCCCUCCGCAAACUCAAGCGCGAAGUUCGAGCCACCCUCUCACAACUAAAACGCACAUCCGUCGCCGACCUAACCUCCAUCCUCAACUCCUACACAACCAAACUCGCCAAAUCUGAAGAUUUGGAAACAAUUGCUGCAGAAGCUCGAGCAGUCAUCAAUGCAGAAGAAGAACCCGAUUACCGAGAAAAAUUGAAAUUUGCACUUCAACGAGCGAAGGAAAAUCCAAUUGAUGAAUCGAAACCUUACAUGACCCCUUGGCAACCAAGACCCUACAUGAGUGCUUUUGCAUUUAUUCCUAGGUACCUAGAGGUGAACCAGAAGAUCUGUGGUGCGGUUUACCUUAGACAUCCUGUGGCGAGACCGGGAUUGAGUGAAGUUCCUAGUCCCUUUUCGAUGGAGCUCCUGCAGUUGGCGCAUAAUUGGUAUUUGAGAAGGAGGUAG